UCUCCUCUCUCUCUGGUUAAAAAAUUGGAUCUCACGGUUCCUGAGGAAAGGCGUAAUUCAGAUCAACAACUCCCAAGUAUUGAGUGGAAAGGGAUUUGAUGCUCUCUGUCUCGAAAGAGCCGAAGGUUGGAUCUGGCGCGACCUGGAGUGACUGACUGAAAGUAUGUAAAGGGAGCCGAGUACCCGGUGGAAAUUGAAUGUUUGGGCACACAAGCGGAGAUCGGCGCUGAGUCCCUCGGAGAAGUGGGACUCGGAUCCGAUGGGAAUUGUGGAAACUUGGAAGCAAAUCGCCAGCAUUGUGAAAAAUUAUGGCGUUUACAUUCGCUGCUUUCUGUUACAUGCUUUCGCUGGUGCUGUGCUCCUCGCUUCUUUGCUUCGCCAUCUGGAACAUAAUUGCAUUUGAUGAAUUGCGUACAGAUCUCAGGAGCCCUGUAGACCAGUGCAAUCCACUCCAUGCACGAGAAAGACUGAGAAAUAUCGAGCGGAUCUGCUUCUUACUGAGGAGGGUGAGUGACUUGGUGAAGAAGACAUUCUGGGGGUGCUGGUGUAUAUGGAUGCUGUGUGACCUGGUGCAUUGGGGACGUAUGUGGCAUAUCAAGCUGGUGCUACCAGAAUAUUCCAUUCAUGGCUUGUUCUGUAUCAUGUUCCUGUGUGCGCAAGAAUGGCUGACGUUAGGUCUCAAUAUUCCCCUGCUCUUCUACAACCUUUGGAGAUACUUUCACAGCCCUGCAGAGAGCAACGAAUUAAUGUAUGAUCCAGCAACAGUGAUGAAUGAUGAAACUCUCAACUACUGUCAGAAGGAAGCCUGGUGCAAGAUGUCCUUCUACCUGAUGUCCUUUUUCUACUACCUUUACUGUAUGAUUGACACGCUGGUCAGCAACUAACCAGGAGGACAUGGUGGUGGCGACUGAAACAGACCCUGAGAGACUGACAUGGCGGAGAUACUGAAUUCAAUCCUUGCCACAUUUGCACAAAACCUUGGAGCAACCAUUUGAAAUUAGCCCUUUGUUCCUGCCCUUCCCACACCAAACUAUGAGAUAGUGGAUCAGAAUCAGCUCUUUACUCCCAACCGCUUUUAUACUAAACAAUGAGGCCAAGAGUCUGAAAUGCCUCCUCAUCUCCUGCCCCUUGGAACCAAACCAUGUGGCUAAACUUCAGAAUCAUCCCUUCACCCCCAACUUCUCUUACAACAAACCAUGGACAGAGGGUGAGAAUUGUGUGUUCAAUGCCAACGGCUGCCAUUAGAAGGUACAUUUACCAUGCUGGUACUGUACAGGAUUAAAUUCCUGAACUAAAUGCAGCUUCCUUAUAAAAGAAGGACAAACACAUUGUUUGCAAAUCUUUAAAGGUGAAAACGUCCAUCUGUUUCUUCCAUAUAUCCAUUGAUAUCCACUGGGACCCCUCUUACCAAGGGAACUAUAUACUAGGACAACUUUCACUGAGGCAGGAACUACCAGGACCACCUUCACUGAGGGUGCUAUCCUUCUGGAUCCCAUUCAGUGAAGGGGAAAUCCAUCCAGACCUCUAAUCCCAACCCUAACCACCCUCACCACGUCACAAUGAGAAAAUUCAUUAAACAACUCAACCUAAACUGCUCCAAGCUGAACACAACGCCGUUCCUAUGGUCAACACCGAAUGAAUCUGUUCUAUUUUCAAACUAACUGCACUUACCAUUACAGUUUCUUAAUACCAUUCUAUAAAGAUUCCUGACAUCCACAUUUAGAAUAUAUUCAAUCCUGUGGGAAACCAAGGUGAUUUUUGUACUGUUUUAGAUAGUAGUAUUUAUCCAGGCUUACGCCUGUGGGGGAAUAUGAGGAAACUGUAAUAAUGUUUAGAUGUAAUUUGGCGCAUUCAUUGGCCUAUACCACACUAACACCUUUAAGAGACAAACACACAUUUGUUGGCUACGUCUGAUGGAGCCUACGGAAGUAAGACUGAAAUAAUGGUCUCUUUAAUAUUUCUUGUACGGGAUACUUGUAAUAUACUCUGAUAAUAAACAGUGCAUCAAGGAGAUUUGUUUGUGACUGAAUGUUUGGUGAUCUCUAAGCUGUGUAAACUUGUGAUUUGACUCAAAGUGUCA